GCAAGACUUAAGAAAACCAUCUUUGAUUCUUCCGAAAUCCACUAAAAUAUUCACAAAACAAUUCAUUAUUCUAUAAGCCGAGUUUCUUGUUACUCUCACUGUGCAGCCUGUAAUUAGGGGGAUGUAAAUCAGGUGCUGUGGUUCACUUAACAAUAAGCAUUUUUCCUUUUCCUGGAGUCUUUGUUUCGAGUUCGUCACACCAAAACAAAGCGAAAGAUGAUUCAACUGAGUGAUGUUCCACUCUUGUGAGAACUACUAUUUGAUAACUCAAGCAUCUUAUGUACUUGCUGAUAAGUGGAUAGAUAGCAUAGAAGCCUCAAGCUCCGGUCACGACAAGGAAGAUUUUUCAGCAUAGUUGUAAUACCAAACCUCUCGGGAUUUGCGUGACUUUGAGUGAAAUAUCUACAAGUGAUAACGAUUUCUGAUUCAUAAAUUAUAAAAAUUUAAUUUAAAGCCGCACAAAGGUGAUAUAAACAAUCUGAUACAAGCAAGCUGUGUGGAGAAAGGCACAAGAUCAAAGGACGAUCACAAGAUGGGGUUCGACAUAGAGCGUUUUAUUGGCGAGGUAAAUGAAGGAUUACUGUGUUCGAUUUGUCGUGAUGUUCUUGAAGAGCCUCUACUGGCUCCUUGUGAACAUACAUUUUGUUCAACUUGUAUUCAUACUUGGUUAACUCAUUAUAAGUCUUGCCCUGAAGACCGUCAAAGGCUUUGGCCAAGCGAUCUUAAACCAAUCUUCAGGUAUAUGAAAAAUGAUCUCGAUAGGUUGAAAAUACGCUGCGAUAAUGAAGUUGAAGGUUGUAAGGAAGAGGUUGAACUUGGGAAACUGCAACACCAUUUGAAAGAAGAGUGUGCCUUUACUAAGGUUUCGUGCCCAAACAAAGGGUGCGAAGAGAGGGUGAAUCGCUGCGAAUUAGAGACACAUUUAAUCAUUUGUGAUUAUCAAACCGCUACGUGCACCAAGGGCUGCGGACUUCAAGUAAAUAUGAACGAAAUUUCCCAACACAACUGUAUCGCUGAGCUGAAGAAGGCCAUGGAGGAACAAAAGAACGAUUUCGCGAAGGGAUUGCGUGACUGUAAAACCGAAAUGGAAUCUCGACUCGAUUCACAACGUGUCCACAUGGUAUACAAAGAAUCUAGCUUACAAAAUCAAAUAGAGGAGCUGAAAACGCAAAUGGAGGAUCUUCUACGCGAGAUCAAGGCAAUAAAAGCGAAAGAAAUGCAACGAUCAGAUGAAUACAAUUACGUGCAACAAGAGCGGAAGGAGUUGCUUGACUGGCUCAAAGGAUUGAAAUAUCAGGAUGAUUUAGCGGAAAAAUAUUGCGGCUCUUGUAACAAGCGAUACCUAUACGUACGACAAGAACCUCUGACUAGCUUUGGAGAACACGUCAACUCCUCAUCACCAUCGCCUUCAAGUGAAGAUGCUCUCCUCACCAGUCUCCGAACGACAAGACCAAAACCUCGAAGCCUGGGUCGUAGUUCCGUAACUCACCUAGUUCCAGAACUCAUUACUAUGCCGCGGUCAAGUAGCGAAGAAUCCUGCAUGAACCGCGCCUCGGUAGAGUACUGGAGACGAAAUACCGAGAGCGCUACCAGCUCUGCUAGUGCAUGGGAUCAUGAUUCAGGAGUAUUACCAAAUUCCACCUAGUUAUGGGCGCCACGAAAUUCUGUCAUUGUAAUCAUGCUCAAAUUGUAGCGUCUUUUAAGAACUCAUGUUGGCGCUGAAGCUAAAUCCCCCCCCCCCCCCCACUGGUGAAUGGGGCAUCAGAACUAGGAGUAAUAGGUGGAUGGAAGGAUUUGAACAACUGUAAGARAAUAAACGGCACGCCGUAGAUGCCAUGGCGUGACCGCAUGUUUACCUGGGAAGUGAUCUAGCGUCACGUGAUUAAUAGACCAUUUGCAGGAAAUAAUGACUGUUACUGGAUGGCAAAAAAUGCGGACUUCCUUUAUUCAAAUAACUUUUGUUGGAUUACUAAUGUCAUAUCCAAAACCUUUUUGAAAAUACUUUUUUCCCCUAUGAGAUACUUUCGAUUUCAACAUACGAAGCAGUUUAAUUAAAGUUUGUUUGCCAUCCAGCAGAGCCUUCCCCAAGGGACCUUUGGCUGAAUUGAUUCGUUAUCAAAGUGAUAUAUCAGCACGUGAAUGAUAGAUGCAAAUAGCCUAUUGAACAAGUACCUUCAUUGAUGUAGUGUAAUUUAUGUUACAAUGAAAACACAAGAGUUAUAUUAAAGUGUAUCCAUACUAAACAAGUAAAGAAAACUAUAAAAAUCUAUUCUCACACUUAAAAUAAUUUAAUAAAGUUUUAGCUCACGGACUUACAAAA